AAAACUGGUCGGCGAUGCCGGGUGGAUGGGAGCAAACUUCAGAAGGAAGAGGAGACGCGGGGCCCAGGGCACCCUCAGGGGCAGACCCAGGCAGUGAGGGCCUGAGGCCAGUCGGCCAGGGUAGUGGCUCGGCGGCUGCCGGCGCCGCCAGGACCAGCGCAAGAGAGCCGCGAGUGUUCCGCAGGCUGCCAGCGAGUCUCCGGUGAUGCCUCACAACUCCAUCAGAUCCGGCCACGGAGGGCUGAACCAGUUGGGAGGGGCCUUUGUGAAUGGCAGACCUCUGCCGGAAGUGGUCCGCCAACGCAUUGUGGACCUGGCCCACCAGGGUGUAAGGCCAUGUGACAUCUCUCGCCAGCUCCGUGUCAGUCAUGGCUGCGUCAGCAAGAUCCUUGGCAGUAGGUACUACGAAACUGGCAGUAUCCGACCUGGAGUGAUAGGGGGCUCCAAGCCCAAAGUGGCCACCCCCAAGGUGGUGGAGAAGAUUGGGGACUACAAGCGGCAGAACCCCACCAUGUUUGCCUGGGAGAUUCGAGACCGACUUCUGGCAGAGGGUGUUUGUGACAAUGACACUGUGCCCAGUGUCAGCUCCAUCAACAGAAUAAUCCGGACCAAAGUGCAGCAACCGUUCAACCUCCCUAUGGACAGCUGCGUGGCCACUAAGUCCCUGAGCCCAGGGCACACGCUGAUCCCCAGCUCAGCUGUAACACCCCCAGAGUCACCUCAGUCAGAUUCUUUGGGUUCCACCUACUCUAUCAACGGGCUCCUGGGAAUUGCUCAGCCUGGCGGUGACAACAAGAGAAAGAUGGAUGACAGUGACCAAGACAGUUGUCGGCUGAGCAUCGACUCACAGAGUAGCAGCAGCGGUCCCCGAAAGCACCUUCGCACCGACACCUUCAGCCAGCACCACCUCGAGCCGCUUGAGUGCCCAUUUGAGCGGCAGCACUACCCGGAGGCCUAUGCCUCCCCUAGCCACACCAAAGGCGAGCAGGGGCUCUACCCACUGCCCUUGCUCAACAGUGCCCUGGACGAUGGGAAGGCUACCCUGACACCUUCCAAUACACCUCUGGGACGCAACCUCUCAACUCACCAGACCUACCCUGUGGUGGCAGAUCCUCAUUCACCCUUCGCCAUAAAGCAGGAAACCCCAGAGCUGUCCAGUUCUAGCUCCACCCCUUCCUCUUUAUCUAGCUCCGCCUUUUUGGAUCUGCAGCAAGUCGGCUCUGGGGGCCCAGCAGGUGCCUCGGUCCCACCCUUCAAUGCCUUUCCCCAUGCUGCCUCCGUGUAUGGGCAGUUCACGGGCCAGGCCCUCCUCUCAGGGCGAGAGAUGGUGGGGCCCACGCUGCCUGGAUACCCACCCCACAUCCCCACCAGUGGACAGGGAAGUUAUGCCUCCUCUGCCAUCGCAGGCAUGGUGGCAGGAAGUGAAUACUCCGGCAAUGCCUACAGCCACACCCCCUACUCCUCCUACAGCGAGGCCUGGCGCUUCCCCAACUCCAGCCUGCUGAGUUCCCCAUAUUAUUACAGCUCCACAUCAAGGCCAAGUGCACCGCCCACCACUGCCACGGCCUUUGACCAUCUGUAGUUGCCAUGGGGACAGUGGGAGCAACCAGGCAACAGGAGGACUCAGCCUGGAGUCUAGGCCCCAGAGAGUCAUACAAAGGAAUCUUUAUUUAUUACAUGAAAAAUAACCACAAUUCCAUCAUUGCGGCUACUCCCUGUGUGGUCAAUUUAAUGAACCAUGAAAGACAGGAUGACCUUGGAGAAGGCCAAACUGUCAUCCAAGACUCUACUAAUGAGGGACAGGAGUCCCAGGGAACAAAAAUCAUCUCAUUUCAGAAGAAACAGAAUUGGAGGAGAAACAUGCCCAGGCUGGUACCCACCGAAGGAGAGAAGAGGGAUCACGAAGAUCUCUGAGGGGGAUUCAUUUGAGGGUGUACAAGGUCACUUGUAUGAUGGUCAUCAACACAAUUCCAGCAAUUGUGGACUGUAAGCAAAUCCUUCAGGCCCACAAGUUACAGCCCAAGGCCAAGGCUGUGCCCAUUAAUCACUUGAGAGUCACCACCUUCAGCCUCUACCACCUGAUACCUUCUGCUCAGCUUGCUUGACUCUUCCUAUCCCUCCCUCCCAAUUAUGAGAGAGAGCUGGGCUAGUCAAUGAGCAGCUUCCCUGGGACGCCAGCUGACCUUCACUUUGCCUGUUGUUGUGAGCCUACUUCCACCACGCUAGCCUCUCCUCCAGCAGGUCAUCCCUUUGGCAGCUGCCAACAGUAGACCAGCCCCAAACAGCUGGAGAUGGAAAUUCUAGGGUGCCGCAUCCCUUGGGAAGUGCCAUAGGCUCAGUACAGAGCAAAGCAAGACAGAAUGUUUGGAACAGCGUCUGCUUCUCAACAGCUCCUGCCAAAUCAAGUGUGCUUUCUGCAGCUCCAGCCCAUGCAGUCACCGAAGAGACCCCGAGGCCACCCCUCUGAAACCAGCAACAAGAUUCCCUCUCUGGCUCCCCAGCUCCUGCCCCCCACACCACCUAACUGUAAAUACUGUAAAUGAAGCUCUGUUUGGGUCAAGCUUCCCUCUUUCCAUCCCCCAGACUUUGGCCUCUGAGUGAAUUGUCUCCCUACCAUUUGGGCUUUUCUCCUUGAUGCUUCUUUCUUUUUUAAAGACAACCCACCAUUACCACAUGCCUCAAUAAACCAUUACUCUUGGUCUCA